UUUAUUUUGAGUGGAGCAAUGCAAGCAGUCACUGUGGAAAUGCAGCAGAACCGAGUCAUGAUGAUUUUGUCUAUAAAGGUGGAUGUAUUGAUGUGCAGAGAGUGACAGAUGUCAUGUCUUAUCUCAGGUGCUCAGAAGCGGCGCUUUUACUCUUCUCAUUUGUGCAACUCACUGCAGCCUUAAAGUGUGUGUGUCACUUGUGUGUAAACCACACCUGUGAGACAGAGGCAGAAGGAGCAUGUUGGAACUCAGUAAUGCUCAUAAAUGGGAAGGAGGAGGCCGUGAAGUCUUGCCUGUCCCCAUCAGAGCUCAAGGGUCAGGUGUUCUGCUACAGCUCCCGAAACGUCUCCAAACGCGACUGUUGCUUUACAGACUUCUGCAACAAUGAGACGCUACGCCUCAAUCCAGAGCCACCGCCUGAGGGGUCUAGGUGGAGUCAGCUGGAACUAGCAGCCGUAAUUCUUGUGCCAUCGUGCCUGGUGUGUGUAGGUGUCAUUCUGGGAAUGUGUGCCGUACAAAACCUGCGGUGCAACCACAUAAAAGCCCACAAACAGGAUCCAGAGGAACCCCUGGAUGACCAGACUCUGGUGUCAUCUGACAAAUGCCUAAAAGAGCUUAUCUAUGACAUGAGCACCUCUGGCUCGGGAUCAGGAUUGCCCCUAUUGGUCCAGAGAACGAUUGCUCGAACUAUUGUCCUGCAGGAGAGUAUUGGGAAGGGACGCUUUGGGGAAGUGUGGAGGGGCAAAUGGAGGGGGGAAGACGUUGCUGUGAAGAUCUUCUCGUCACGAGAUGAGCGUUCCUGGUUUCGUGAGGCUGAGAUUUAUCAGACCAUCAUGCUACGCCAUGAGAAUAUUUUGGGUUUUAUCGCUGCUGAUAACAAAGAUAAUGGCUCAUGGACACAGCUGUGGCUGGUGUCUGAGUAUCAUGAGCACGGGUCUCUCUUUGAUUACCUGAACAGAUACACAGUAUCAGUGGAGGGGAUGAUAGUUCUGGCACUGUCCAUUGCCAGCGGCAUUGCCCACCUGCACAUGGAGAUUAUUGGCACUCAAGGGAAGCCUGCCAUUGCUCACAGAGACAUAAAGUCAAAGAACAUUCUGGUUAAGAAGAAUGGAACUGCUGUGAUUGCUGAUCUUGGUCUGGCUGUCAAACACGACUCCAACACCAACACUGUUGACAUCCCCAUUAACCACAGAGUGGGCACCAAGAGGUACAUGGCUCCCGAGAUCCUGGAUGAUUCCAUAAACAUGAGCAGCUUUGAGUCAUUUAAGCGUGCUGAUAUCUAUUCACUUGGCCUGGUGUUUUGGGAACUUGCUCGCAGAUGUUACGUCCAAGGGAUUUAUGAAGAUUUCCAGUUGCCUUAUUAUGACCAGGUGCAAUCAGACCCAUCAAUGGAUGAUAUGAGGAAGGUGGUGUGUGAACAGAAACUACGACCCAACAUUCCCAACCAGUGGCAGAGCUGUGAGGCACUGAGGAUUAUGGGUAAGAUCAUGCGGGAGUGCUGGUACGCCAAUCCAGCUGCUCGACUGACAGCACUUCGUGUCAAGAAGACUGUAUCUCAGGUAACUGUGGUCAAGGACGUUAAAGAGUAACCCAGCGGCCUGGUGCCCCUCUUAUCUCUGUCUGUCAGUGUUAUUGGGACAUUUCAGAUGCUCAGUUGAGAUGCCAAAGAUUCCAGGAGUUUAAGAGGGAAAUGUUAUCUUGUGCUAUCUGAGCAUUAGGAGAAUUAAUGAAAGAGAGUGUAUUUUGUUUCUUAGUCAAUAGAUGGUGAUAGAGUACUGAUAUACUGCUACCUCAACUGAUCCUGUAAGUGCCAAAUGCUUGGAGUUGCACUUGUUAUGCUUUGUGCCAUUAAUGUUUUGCUUGGUGUAACUUAAAAAUAUACUGUGUUAAAAAUAUAAGUUGAAAUAUCUAUACACACACAGACCCACAAACAGGACCAACAUUUUUUUAAGACCAUGUGUUGACGUCAGACAGCGUAAUGUGGUCUGCAAAAGUAAGCUUGUUUUUUUAGCCAAGCUUUGCGCGGAUUGUGGUUUCCUGGCACUAUUUUUUCUACUGUUUUACACAGCUCUCAUCAUUUUCGAUUGUACUGUGUACCUGAAGGAUGAUUUCCUGUAAGCCCUGUCAUUUCUGAAUGUAAAGAGAAUAGUUUGCAUCUUGUGCAUGUGCAGAUGUCUGAUGUCUA